AUCAUCUUCCUCCUUCACCGCCGCCGUCCUCGUCGUCGUCGUCGUCGUCUUCUUCUUCUUCUUCUUCCUGGGCUCGAACCAGAACAUUUCGCAGACGCCCUGAAUCUCCUUCUUCCUUCUCAAGUUCUGAACUCGUUCGGAGCUUUGGAGAAGAGAGAGAGAGAGAGAGAGACGAAGAAGAUGCUCGAAGAAUGUGGAGGGACAUCGAGAAGAGAGAAUCGGGCGGACUCCGCCCACGUUCCUUCGCCAGCCGGGUCAAAUCCAGCCGCGUCGCUUCCCUCCACCUCUCCAACCACAAGGACAUCGUCUCCCCCCACAAAGGCUCCGUCAACUCUCUCCAGGUUGAUUUGACGGAGGGCCGCUACCUGUUGUCCGGCGCGUCGGAUGCGUCGGCUGCGGUUUAUGACGUCCAACAACCGCAGAAGCUCGAGGGAGGUGGGCUGAUCGCGAAGCACAGACCCCUCUUUGUCAUUGAUAAGCAGCACGAGCACCGGCAUAAGUAUGCAAUUUCCUCGGCCAUAUGGUAUCCCAUCGACACAGGGCUUUUUGUCACCGGCUCGUAUGAUCACUAUAUAAAAGUCUGGGAUACAAAUUCAACGCAGGUGGUGAUGAAUUUCAAAAUGCCUGGGAAGGUUUAUAGUACUUCCAUGUCCUCAUUGGCAACGUCUCACAUGCUAAUUGCUGCUGGAACUGAAGAUGUUCAAGUCCGACUGUGUGAUAUUGCCUCAGGUGCAUUUGCUCACACGUUGUCUGGUCAUCGAGAUGGAGUAAUGACAGUCCAGUGGUCUAAUUCUAGCGAGUAUGUCCUGGUAACUGGAGGGUGCGAUGGUGCAAUACGCUUUUGGGAUAUCAGACGUGCAGGAUGCUUUCGUGUCUUAGAUCAAUCUCACUCUCAACUUGGAAGGCGGCCACCUCUUUUGGAGCGCUCUGCAAUGACAAAGGGUUCAACUUCUAGAUCAUUGUCAGGAGGCCAAAAUAUGUCAAAAGCGGCAGUGCUGUCAAGGAAAUCUUCCCAUGGAAAUGGUAACAAGCAUCCAGGUUCAAAUAGAAUUUCUGUGAAGGGACCUAUUAAACACAGGUUACAUCCAGGGAUGUUGUCUGGUCAGGAUCGUGCUACUGCUCAUUAUGGUGCUGUCACUGGGUUAAAAGUAUCAGAAGACGGCAUGUACCUCUUUAGUGCAGGUUCUGAUUCGAGAUUACGACUAUGGGACAUUGAAUCAGGGUGCAACACGCUUGUAAACUUUGAAACAGUGCGCCUGCAGACAAACAAGCCCAUAAGGCUGUCGAUAUGCGAGGAUUCCGCACUUGUUUUUGUCCCGUGCAUGACAGGUGGUGAAAGUAUAUGAUACCUUCCUUCUUUUUCCCUACGAUUUACUUGGAGAAUUAAUGGGACAAUUAAAUUAAGCUUCCAAUUGCAUUCGAUAGGCAUUUAAUUUCUGGUCAGGGAAGACAGUCUUCACGUUUCGGGGCCACUAUGAGUAUGUGAACUGCUGCUGUUAUAAUGCACAGGAUCAGGAAUUAUACACCGGCGGCAACGAUAGACAGAUACUUGUAUGGUCACCAUUCAUCUCUUAUGAAGCGGACGAAGGAGCUACAGGGAAUGAGGACUCAUGGAGCGAUUGACGUGCAUGGCUCCUCUACCUACAUUUGUAUAGACCAGUUCUAUGCAAUAAAAGUAUUGAGUCAUGACUGUAAUUAUUGUAAUCUGUGUACAGCCAGGUUUAAUCUGGCUUUCAUUCAUUGCAGCCCAUUCUCUCUAUUCCGAGGAAGGACAAUAAACUUGUCGAAACUGGAAAUAUUUGUUAGUCUCUCGAAUAUCUCGUUUCAUUAGACGAAUACAGGCCGACAUCAUCCGAGGGACUUCCUCGAGUAAAUGGUGCAUGAUGCCGCUCUGUUUCUGUAA